AUGGCACCCAUCAACCCAUCUCACCACCUCAUCGCCCGCGCACCCGCACCACCCGUCCCCUGCGCCGGCUGUCUCGACCCGUCCAAAGUAAACAACAAAGUCUACUUUUCGCUCUUCGCCCUCAUCUUUGCCGCCAUCGUCGUAGCAUCCAUCUGGUUCUUUUUCCACGCCAAACAUGGAGGAUUCCACUGGCAGCAAGGCGACUUUGACGACUGGAAGUCUACGGUUCUGCGCAAAAAGGACGCCAAUGGGAAUACCAUUUACUCUGCGCGAUCGGUGGUUUCUAGACCCAGGAAGAGUGAUAGGAUUGCUGCUAAGAGCGUCGUGGGUUAUGACGAAAAAGGCAGAAAGGGUGUUAUGGCUGUCAGAGGUUUUGGAGGUUCUCAUUCGGUGUACUAUUCAGAUGGAUUCACGCAAUACAGUGGUGAUCGCAGUGACGCCAUGACUAGCAUCUCUCGCAACGAGAAGAAAGCACCGAGAAUCAGAGGCGGAUAUACUCAAGCACCCACUACAACCGACCACUCACGUCGCUACUGCGACCGCGACUUGCGCGACUACAAGCACGAGAAGCCCGCAAGAGUGGGUGGCAUGAAUAGAUCUGCAGACGGCACUACCUACGAUUACACAGACCGCAGCGACACCGCCACCGAGAUGACAGAAACCUCUUCGCACGCACCUAUCCUCAGUUCCCACGACCGCAAACGCCAAAAAGCAGAAAAGAGAGCUGCAGAAGACGCCGCUCGCAUGGAAAGGAAAUGGCGCAAAGAAGCCGAAGCUGCUGCUGCUGCAUUGGCUAGAGAAAGUGCUGCUCCUUCUACUCCCAAGAAGUCCUCACCACCGCAAAAAGCACAGACGCCAAAGAGUGCAAAGAGAGGUGCGAGUAGAAGUCGUUCCAGCAGUCCGAAAAAGCAGGCACCGAGACAAAGAGAUUACUCCUUCUCGGGUGCGCCGGAUGAGAGCAGUACAGUGUACACAGGCACCUACACGACCACUUCUGGCACCCGCACGAACAGCAGUUAUUAUGAUGCUUAUCGCCCCCUUGCCGCCACUUCGCCUGCUCAGCCAUCGCCUGAUCGUCGCGAGCAGAGAAGAGAGCGCAGGCCUUCCUCCUCAUCACCUUCCAAGCAACACAGAAGCAGCAGAUAUACCUAUGCGGAGAACGAUGUCACGGGCAGCGCAGGUCCAAGCGGUGGUAGAUAUGAAAGAGUAAGGGGAGGCGACAAGAAAAGCAAAGGAAGAGAUGUGAUGGCUGGAUACCGCAGGGGGAUGGAUAGUUUGGGGAGUGACAGCGAUUAA